UAUUUAUUAUUUUACUGAAGUACCUUAAUAUGUAUUUGUUUUGUGUUUGCUGGUGACCCGAAGGAUAUGCAGUGAAAGAUUUUCGCUUAUAGAGUGACUGAUUACAGCGCAUAUUGUUGUACAUUAACUGUAGUCUUGAAUUGUGAAACCAUGACAGGAUAAACGAUGUGAUCGGGUGGCAGGGUGGAUGAUGGAUAAUCGAACUUGUGCCUUGUCCACACGUACACGGGUAUAUUUUAAAGCGUACCUUUUUCUAUACGUCUUGGGCUUUCGUCCACACGUAAACGGCGUCUCAGGUCACUGAAAGUGGAGCUUUUACAAAACUCCAUCCAGGGUGAAGAUUUUUUUUGGCGUUGAAAUGAUAAAUGGGCAGGGUUGCCAACUCACAUAUCCGGCGUGACUCUCACGCUUUCUGACUGUCACGCUCACGCAAGAAGUCUUACGGCAAAUCUAUAGUAUUCCAUUAUAAACCUAAAAUUAGCUGCAUUACCAGCAUUGGGUUUUUCAGUUUGCAAAACUCUGCAGACUAUCUAAAAGGUAAUAAAACUGUUACAUACAUGUAAAUGCGUUGGCAACACUGGGUGGGCAGUUGCCGUAAUAAUAAAGGUAUACAAUGUAACAGGAAUGAAAUAAAAAAAAUCAAAUUAUAUGUAAAAUGUUAGAUAGAUGUUUGUAUAUUUUUCUGCUGUUUGCAGUUCUCGUUUCGAUUACAUUUCCUGUUCGAAUAAAUCAAGACCUAACAAGUCAAUAAUUUUUUUAGCCAAUCGUACGUCACGUCGUCACCACCACAGUCAGUAGCCGUGAGCAUUAGCUGUAGCCGCGUGAAUGGAGAGCUUUUAAUAGCAGGUUUAGCGGUUUGUUGAAGCUAUGUUUGUUUCUAGAACUCCGUUUUACUUCAGAAAAUGUCCAGCUUUUCAAUAUCGUGCUAAUUCGAUCCCAAAGAUCUGGUUGUUUGCGGAAGCCACACAACUACAAUGCUAUCAACUGCUCCCCGGAGAACCGAAGGCAGGAAGAGCUGGAGGAGGAAUCCAUACAUGCUCCGUUCAGCAGGGCAAAAAUUUGCUAAAGAAGUUCGACGUGAAAACCAAGAAAAAACUUUGGUACAAAAGCAGUUUUGUUCCCAAACAAGUGGUACCGUCCACUCAUACUGAUGGGUUGAAUCUGACCACGCAAAGGAAACAGAAUCAUGGAGAAAGUGCAAGAAUAAAGAUCCUUAACAACCUUCUGUUCAAGGCUAUCAGCGAUCUUCUGAGCACGCCUGAAGUCAGCCCUGAAAUUUACAACCUGGGAUUAGACAUUUCUAAAGUCUCACUGGCGGGGGAUUACUCCAGCUGCCGUAUUUACUGGAGAACAACUGGGACCCAUGAAAAGGACAGCCAGAUUCAACAAACACUGGACCGAUGUGCUCCUCGGAUAAGGUAUCUUCUCAUUUCGCACCAAGUCAUGGGCAGCGUUCCUCCGGUGAUGUUCAUCAAAGACAAAGUGUAUGCUGCCAUUUCCGAGGUUGAAAAUCUGCUGAAGAUAGCUGACCUCGGUGAAAAAUUCACUGAGGAGGAAAAAUUUGAACCGAGUAUAAAGGAUGGAGAAUCUGAUCAGAGGGGAAAGUUGGGUGUUUCCAAACAGACUAAUCUGUUUGGCAUUGACCAUGAAGCACUGAUGAAACAGAUACUGGAGCAUAAACAGAAGCGGAGAGACUACAAAAACGAUGACUGUACUGUGGUAUCCACGCAACAGCACCUUGACUUACUGGAGGACCUAAGGAAGCAAAAAAUAAUUAAGAAGAAGAGACAAUUGAAACGUCUCCUUGACAACGACGACAUCACACCAGAGGACUACCUGCUGGCCAGGUAUAGGCAGGAGGAGGAAAGGGAAGAUCAAGAGGAUGAGGAAUAUGGAGAUGGAACUACACAGGUCAACGGCUUUAUGGAAAAGGAGAGAAGCUCAAAACCCUGGACAUGAAAAAAAAUGCAGUGUUUUUUUGUUUAUUUUGGUGGUCUGGUUCUCUGCUGCUAUGCUUGUGUUGCUCAUGUUGUUAAGAUCAUUGUGUAUUGCAGAUUGAUUAUGAAUAAUAUGAGUUCCCCAGUAAAUGUAUGUUCCUGAAGUCCUAGCAAAUGAUGCACUAGCAGGGCAGAAGUUGAUUAUAUAUAAUCUAGGGGGGGUUCCCUCCUAGUGAUAAUUUCUCUAUGCUAAA